CAUGUAAACAACAGCCAUGACAGAGGAGUUUCAUUCCAGCAGUUGAUGAAGUGUUCCUAGUAGCUGUCUUGUUGCAGCUUGCUCUUAACCGGUAAUGGCUAAGUUGAAAACGAAGCUGCUGAUUGUAGCUGUGCUAGGUGUCGUUUUAGCUGUAUUUUAUCCCAAGAUAAAGAAGGUUUAUGGAAAACAUGUUAAGCCCCAUGCAGACAUCGCUGCCAACAUUUUAAGAGUCAUCAAAGAUUUUCACAUUUUUGGUUAUCAUGUCCCAUGGAAGUAUGUUCUUCCAGGAUUCGGUCUGUUUCUUGCUGUUCAGCUAUUUAGGGUAAGUAUCAUCUCAUUUCUUUUUCACCUUUCCAGCUGAAAGCGAUGUGCUCUUGUCUGUCACGUUAAAACCUUCUUAAGGAACUGUCACUAUAAAAAUUUAUCACAAUUUUUUUCUUCUAGCGCUAUCACCCUCAGAGUUUAAAAAAUAUAUUUAUAAUAAUUUCUUUUUCAUUUCGAAUGAAAUCUCACCUCUUACGUCCAUUAACAUGGCAUUUUCCAGACUUGACAAAAAUAAUUAUUUUAAAGUUGUCGCAUUUAUUUUUAAUAAUUCCUUUGAGGACAUAGUUUCGUAUGCAGAGAAUUUAGUGAUUGUAACCUUUCUUUAUUAACAAAAAUAAAAUAAUGUAAAAUUUCUGUCCAAGUAAACAAGAUAUGUUUUCUCCCUUUGAUAUAUACCAUCAACCCUUUUGUUGCAAAGUUUUGCUAACAGACUGAUGCUAAUUAGAUCAUGUUAGAUCUGGGGUGGGGUAAUGUGCAAAAAAAAAAUUAACUGUAAAAAAAAUCCUUUUUAAAAUAACGUCUCGUUUAUCAAUUUUAAGAUAAGUUAGAACUUAAAUAGAUGUCAUGAAAAAUGACAUUUGAAUUAAAUGUGUUUUGAAUUAUUUGAGGUCCUAUAGUUUGAUUUGGUAAAUUGCAAAUGAUAAAAACUGGUUUGUGAAUAAUUGAAAACCAGCCAGCAGCUUUAACCACACCUUGGUACCUAGUGUUUGCAGUUUUCAACAGGUACCUGAUUGUGCUGCUAAGCAUGAUUUUGGAAUAAUUUUACUUCCGGCAAGCACAAAGUUAAGUUCCUUACUCUAAAUUUUAUUGACCAACUGGCUUAUUACUCCUAGACAUUAAUGUUUUCCCAAGUUGUACAAAGUCUGUUCAUAAUCCUUCCUGAGUUCUUUCCAAUGACCAAGUCUUAACUUGUGCAAAAAAUAUGGAGUGUUGUGAAACUGUAUGCCUUUUUUUGUAGUGAUGGGUAAUUAAAUUAUUUAUACCCCAGAAGGGUAAUUAAAUUCAUGAGUUAUAGGUAGGAUGCUGGAUGUUUGUAUCCCCCAGCUUCUACUGACUCUUGUUUGUAUUCUGACAUCAAAACGUUUUGCAUAGGAGCAUAUAAAUGUAUACAGAGUGCUCACUUGGUACAACGUUUUAAAGUAUUAUACACCUAAUUGCAAUACUUAGAAAAAUGAAAAAAGGAAAAAGCCAAAUAGGAAUUAAUUAGGCUAAUAAGCCUAAUGAAUUCAUUCACAGCAUCCACACAUGGACGUCGUAACGGCCUGUUGGAAUUUGCUAUUGUUUUAAAGCCGAAAAACAAUUUAAAAAAAUUCCAGCAAGGAAAUGCAAUGGCUGCAAAUGAGAAUGUGAGAACCUUGGGAAUGUGCCUUUAUUCUUUUUUUAUUUUUCUACGACAAUGUUUUUGCAAUAAGUUGUAUGUGAUAUAUGAAGAAGGUAACACUCCAGAUCAACACAUUUGUAAGACUGUCAAGAUGGAAGAGGAUAAUAAAGAUCAAGUAUAAUUUUAGUCAGAGGCUGCAGAGUUGAGAAUUUGGCUUCCUCAUGAACAGAGGUUCUUAGCCAGCUCUGUUUUCAAGCUUUAAAGCUUCCUAUAUCACAGGCAGAAUAGCAGCCCUGUUUCAUCAGCAUCUAAGAUAAGGGGCUAAACAGUAUCGCACUACCUAGUAGCCACAUUCUUGGUCAGCUCAAGUUGCAUAAGAGCUGGGAUGUGGCAUAUGCAUAGGGAAACACUUGUGGAAAAGUGUGUUUUGAUUUUACUCCUGACUUAGCCUGCAGUGCAGGCAUAUUUUGGGCAGACGAAAGCUGCUUCUUUAUGUUUGUAUUGUCGUAGCCGCUCCUCCUCUCUGACUUUUAGAGUUUCAACAUGGUGCUUUCACAAGUAAAAACAUUGCCGUGCACAGUAGGCUAUUCCUCGCUCAGUUUAGUUUUUGAUUGUUUGAAUCAUUGGCUCUGACAUUACUCUGUACUGUGUGAUGAGCAAAUACUGGCAGCAUAUAAUGAGUGACUAUAUCAUAAUUUUUUUAUAGUACAAGAGAAAAGACAUGAACAGUCUAAAGUUAAAAAGGUACUCUAUUGAAAGCUGACCAAAAUUAACAAAAAGAAAAUAAGUGAUAUUUCAUUUUUUUUUAUCCCUGACCAAUAAUAUAUUAUAUAUAUCUCAGAGGUACAUGAUUUAGAGGGAUACAUACGUGUAAAGUCCAUAUCAAGAAAGUCAUAGAGGAAUUGUAAAUUAAAGCGCUGUAUACACUUUUACAACAGAGACGCCGUAGACUAAAGAAAUUGGCCGAAGAACAAAAGAAAAAGGGCCAGACCUUCAUGACAGAGGAAGAAGGUAUGUUAUAGUUAGUAUGAUCAGCUGCUACCAUUGUUAUACAUUUUCUUUGUUGUUACAUUGAAAUAGAUGAAGCCAGUUUUGGGGGGUGUUUUUUCAGUGAUGUCCUGAUACAUGUAUUUAUAUUUUAAUUCUAUUUGCGAUUGACGUGACAUUAGUUCUUGUCAUGUAUAGUUUGGGCAUUAAGUGAUGUCUUAAGCAACAGUUGCAAAAUUCGUAUUAUUAGAAGAAGCAGCAUCGAUAUACCCCUUAUUGCCUUGCUAGUAAGAUAAUGAAGCUGUACAGAAUUAUUUGAUAUAUUGAAUAUUAUGGAAUCAUUGCAAGUCAAUCUGUUUGAAUUUGCACAGCCUACAUUCUCCCUAUAAUUAUACAGAUAUAAAUAGUACUUUGAAAUAUCUAACAUAAUGUAUUAUUGAUCACCCUUGGCUUUGCAGUUGGCAGGUCUUUCCAGUUGGGUUCUGAUCAUGAGUGACAACCUCUAAAUGAAGAGCAUCACUAAGAGAUAGAUCAAUCUAUGUCUAAGUUAAAGGUUUACAUUUAUGUGGCCCUGAAUGUUAUAAAGGAAUUAAAAGAAAUGUAUGAAAUUUUAAAGUUUUAAGAACAACCUGUACAGUGAAAAUACGUCCCGUUAGAUUAAGGAAUCCUUCGGGUUGGCCAAAAGGUUUAUUUUGACAUUUUCAUAAAAAAUCUUCUGAAACUCUGAUCCAAAUUACAUGUGUUCCAGUGUAGCCAAAGUCUUCCUCUUAACUCAGGGCCUACAUGUAAAUAAUAAUUUUUGGCUUUUGGUGUGAAAGAAAACCCUUCCCCCUUCAACUGUUGCAAUUCAGAAUUUCUUGAUGGUUUGUGGUAUGCAUUUCUGGAUUAAAAUGUUUUAAUUCAUUUUCCACUAAUUAAUGUGCUUCAUUUUUCAUUUAAAGUGUUGAAACAGUUCCAUUUCUGUAGUUGAAAAACUGUUAAUGUUGGCUUUAAUAUGCAUUAUUACUUUGUUCUAAUUCACAGUACUUAAAUUUGUGUAAUAGGGGGAAUGUAUGGCUUUUCACUAAUCGCACUUAGGAAUAAUGUUGCUUCACAUUAAUUCCACACUAAUUUAACCUACUAGAGAUGUUGCACAAGUUAGACUCAUGAAUGGUUGCACGUUUUCCGUUACAACAACCUUUUUCUUCUAUAGAAGUGAAAGUUGUCAGGUGCUAUUCAAAGCUUAAUUUUUUUUGCACUGUUUUGACAACACUUCUUUCUAAUUAUUUUCCUGUCAUUCAUCUUAGUCUAUGAUGAUAAAACCUUACACCAGGACAAUGAUUUCUUUCUUGAAUAGCUCCAUUAAAGUAAAUUCCACAUUCCCCUUUCAGAAAAACAUGUGCAUACCACAAACCAUGUUGAAAAUACUGAAAAAGGUGAUCUUCCAGCCCCACCCACCAACCUGUCAGAUAUAUCAAUACCAGGAAAUCGAGUGCGCACUUUCAUGUAUUGGCCUUCAACAAGCUCUGUAAAUGUGUUUGAACUGGCAAGAGCAGGCUUUGUGUUUACCGGAAUAGAUGAUGUGGUAAAAUGCUUUCAAUGCAAGGGAACCCUUAAAAUGUGGAAACCAGGCGAUGACCCAAUGGAGGGCCACAAGGAAUACUACCCUGAUUGCCCUUAUGUAAUGGCAUGUGAUGCAAUAAAAAAGCCAGUUAAUACUCAGACCCAACUGGAAGACCUGCUUACUGUCUGUGAAGGAGUUGGGUAUCGACUGAAACAAUUGCGCGCUCUCCAGAGUAAAGCAUCUGGAGUUGAGCCAGGUAGGUACAUAUUGAGGGUUAUGGAUGAGACUUAGGGUAAUGAGUGGUAUAAAGAAGUUCCUUAGUGUAGACAUUAAUAUUGCAACCACUUGUGUUGCUUAUAAGCCUGUUAAUUCUUGUGUGAAGGCAGGGCUAUGUUAUAUACCUGUAGCUUCCUUUUGGAAAAUUGGCCCUGUGUUCCUACAUGUAGCUUCAUGCAUGAUUCAGGUGAUAAACUGGGAUCAUGAGCACAACAUGACAACAACAACAAUUAAAACAGAGAUUGUUUAAUCUUUCUAAUGACUGUAUAUCAAGAUUGUGUCCUUGUAGGAAGUAAUGAUACAUCUCCCCAAGGAAGGUUUUUGGUUCUAAUUCCAAUGCCAUUCCCUGCGCCCCCUCCAAAAAAUCUUCAGUGAACGUAAAAAAUUUCUCAGUUUGUAGUAUCCAAAGUUAUUUAUAAAUAAAUAUUGUCUUAUUAUAGUUUUAUUUGGUGUUGUGUCACUGUACUGUAGUAGUUGUCUAUUUGUUUGUACACAAGGGCAUCCCCUUUUUUUUUCGAAAUAAUAUGCAUUUCCUGAUAUUGGGUUGCAAUUGGUAGGUCAGAUAAAAAAAAACUAAAAAAAAAACACAAGAAGUCUCAGAACAGUAGGCCUGGUACCACAGCAUCAUAUUGCUGUGGAGCCUGGAAACAACAAGACAUGAAUCCAAAUUCAAUAUGGCGGAAAAGGAUGAUGUUAAAACUUAAUGUCUACAUAUUUGGAUUAACAAAAUGCACAAUAUACUGUAAAAAAAUGUUCCUGUUUUUGUUCUUGUUUUUCUCUAUGCUGUUACUAUGCUCGUUUUUCAGAUUAAAGAAGUAUUUGAAGUGAAAAAUGGUUUAACUACGUCUUUACUUUUUGUUUUUAUAAAAAAAAUAUUGAAAAUGCCAAAAAUUUGGGUCAGUCAGACAAUAUGCUAAAUGGAAAGAAAAAGGAUGGCCUAAUAUAACUCCAAAGGAUAAAAAGUUAUUUGUUAUAUAUUUCUUGUGCAUACAUGUUGAGCUAUGCUUUAUCAUUUUUGGCCUUUCUUAUUUGACAGCUAAGAAACAUCUAACAGAGCUGCAGAAGAGGUUGGACACCACUGAACGCACUAUGCAUCUUGUAAUGAAGCAAAUGGAAGCUGUUACUAAAUGUCUUGCCAAGACACUUGCCGAAGACCCUAGUAUGAGUGGUGACAAAUCUUUAGCCGAAAUCACAGAGGGACUAGUUAACUUGAAAGAGAGCAAUGUGUGA